AUGCAAUGUAGAGGCAGCCAGCGAUCUUAUCUGUUCAACCGUGCCUUAUCAAUCUCGGCACCGCCACCGGCCAACCGACCCACUUCCAUUCACUGGAGGAGUGGCAGGCGAGCUACGAACCGACCUUCGGGCAAGGAGAGGCAUGGAACAAGAGACGAGUGGAGGCAUGGAACAAGAGACGAGUGGUACGCGAACAUGCUUGCGAGCACUGAGGAACGGGUCAUGCUCUAUGAGACGCGUCCUUGGUCAACAAACCGGCUCAGGCCCGGAUGUGGAACUCAUCUGAUGGACUUUCAGGAAAGCACGGUGCAAAGAUUGCAACAGAGGCCGAGCCGCAUGACCUGCCCUCGCUGUCUGCAAGGCAUAUUAAACGCACCUGACUUGCCCCCGACUGCUCUCACCCGCUUCACUCUCUAUCCCAAUCUCGUCUGCCAGCUCCAUCUCAAGGCUACGGCACCGCCACUCUCCUCCCUAGCUCCCAUCGGCCCCCCAGCCUCGAGCCUCGACACGAUGUCCUUAUCCACGCUCGCCCUCCUCGGCGCCCUGCUUGCCAUAGCCCCGCCCGCCCGCGCAGAUAACACCUACGGCUACUAG